CUUAUAUAGUCUCUGAUUGCUCUCUGUCCAAACUCUGUUUACCUUCGGCGGUCUGAAUUUUGAAAUAGGAGGUACGUGUAGGAAUCAUUCACCCGUUGGGGUACCCACCCAGUCAAGUGUACCGCUUCCGCGCGUGUUUAGAGCUAUAUAUCAUCUAGCCCGCAUAGCCUACCAUGGGCUUCACAGCGCUCUUCCUCAUGAGCGCCGUGAUGGGCGUCACAUCGUUCGCCGUUGGAUCAUUGCCUUUGACUUUGACCUUCUCUCAUUCUCGACUCAAAAUGCUGACGACGUACGGUAUGGGGUUGUUGCUUGGAGCGGCAUUAGCCGUGAUCAUACCAGAAGGCAUCGAAACACUCUACAGCUCGUUGCCCGCAGCAGGAGAAAGAACGGAUUCGAACCCCUUUUCCCAACCCGGGCGCGUGGUCGCCGUAUCACUUGUGCUCGGCUUUAGCGUUAUGCUCUUCGUUGAGCAACUCUCUUCCCAUUCCAAGAACUCCGGCUCUUCGACCUAUGAGAUGGCAAGCCCUGGUGGAACACUUCACCAGCACGCUCAUGAGUCUCACUCAAAAGCAUUCUCUGCCACGCUUGCCUUGGUCAUUCACUCAUUCGCGGAUGGGAUCGCAUUGGGAUCAAGCUCGCUCGGUGAUAAUUCUGGACUGGAGCUGGUAGUGUUCCUUGCGAUUAUGGUCCAUAAAGCUCCUGCCUCUCUCGGUCUCUGUACGACACUACUGUCAUACUCCGAACCUCGCCCACGCAUCAAGCAAUACCUAUUUGCGUUUAGCGCCGCAGCACCAAUAGGCGCCCUGGUUACGUAUGGUGUUGUGUGGGGACUCGGGAAUGCAGCUGCAAACUUACAGUGGUGGGCUGGAGUCGCGCUGCUCUUCUCGGGCGGGACGUUCCUAUAUGUUGCAACUGUCAUCCAGGACGUAUCGGGACACUCCCAUGCCCCAGAGGUAGAGGAAGCAACUCCGACAGAAGAACUGAGUGUAUCAACACGUCUGACUCUCUUGGUUACUGGCAUGCUCACACCACUCGUGAUGAGCACCCUUGUUGGACAUAAGCACUAGAUCACGCAACUCAAUAAUGUAAC